AUGUCUUCUGACCGACCCUCCGAUACCCUCCCCUCAUCAGUGCCGAAGCUGGAUCCUUCUGGCGUGAACUUCGCUGUAUUUUCUGAGCGCUUCGAGACUGCCGUAAGGGCGAAACGACUCUGGGGUCACUUCUCUGGGUCGACAGCGAAGCCACAGCCACGUAGCACUGUCCCCACCCAGGAGGAAGAGGACAAGGUUACGAAGUGGGAUGAUGAUGAAGCCGUCGCCAUGUACCUGCUCAGCCAGAAACUCCCUGACUCUGCUUUCCUUAAGGUUCGCAACCGGCGUACAGUGGCUGAACGAUGGGCUGCUAUCCGCGACGAGUUCACCCACAAAGGUCUUCACAUGCAGGCUGAUAUC